AUGAUUCAUCCAUCGUUCCCGGGAGACUCUCGCCUGACAUCCAAUGACAGUGAGGACCCGAGCGAGGGGGGAAUCACGAAGAGGAUCAUCGUGCCGCUCUUCCCCGUUCAGAGACGAUGCUGCAAUUUCUUCGUGGAGGCCGGCGCCCUGGACGGGAGGAGGAACUCGAAGACCCUCCAUCUGGAAGAGACUUACAAGUGGACGGGGCUUCUGGUGGAACCGAAUCCUCAUCUGUUCCAUAAAAUGACGAGGCAGAAAAGAAACGCUUGGCUCGCUCCCUACUGUCUCUCGCCGACGGAUGAAAUCAAGCAGGCUAGAGUUGUUGGAGUAUCCCUACGACCCAAACUAUUCGAUUGCCUCUGGGGGAAGUGCGAGCAGCAGAGAAGGGAGAAUGAAGGGUCAGGGGAAGGGCAGGCCCACCAACUACGUGGCCGUGGUCAGGUGCUAUCCUCUUCGCAUGCUCUUGGAUGCUUUGGGCAUCCGGACUGUCCAUUUCUUCAGCGUGGACUUGGAGCGCGUCGAACUGCAGGCUCNGGGAAGGGCAGGCCCACCAACUACGUGGCCGUGGUCAGGUGCUAUCCUCUUCGCAUGCUCUUGGAUGCUUUGGGCAUCCGGACUGUCCAUUUCUUCAGCGUGGACUUGGAGCGCGUCGAACUGCAGGCUCUCAAGACUCUGCCCUUCCACCGCAUCGAGUUUCAAGUGAUCCAGGUGAAGUGCAUGUUGGACGAGGGGGUGGAGGGAAUUCUCAAGGAGUUCCUGCUCUCUCUUGGCUCCUAUUCCGACUGUGUAUGUGAACCACCCAAGGACAGGCUGGGCAUGGUCCCUCCACCGCUCGAGGCAGACUCUCGCCUGACAUCCAGGGACGGUGAGGACCCGAGCGAGGGGGGAAUCACGAAGAGGAUCAUCGCGCCGCUCUUCCCCUUUCAGAAUCGCCACAACAAAUUUUUCGUGGAAGCUGGCGCCUUGGACGGGCGGACGAUAUCGAAGACAUUCCACCUGGAAGAGUCCUACGGGUGGACGGGGCUCUUGGCGGAACCGAGACCUCAUCUGUACAACAAGAUGACGACCCGGAAGAGAAACGCUUGGCUUGCCCCGUAUUGUCUUUCGCCAGAAGAUGCAGUCUUACAAGAGGUGAUGGAGUAUCCCUACGAUCCGAACGAUCCAAUUGGCCCGUGGAGAAGGGAGGUCAGCAUUGAAAGGAAUGGAAAGGGUCCUAUGAAGAACGGGACUACCAUCUACUCGGCGCUUGUCAAGUGCUACCCUCUUCACAUGCUCCUGGAUGCUCUGGACAUCAGGACCGUCCAUUUCUUCAGCCUGGACGUGGAGGGCUUGGAACUGCAAGUUCUCAAGACUCUGCCCUUUCAUCGCAUCAACUUUCAAGUGAUACAAGUGAAGUACCCGUUUGCAGACGAGAGGAAGAAACCUCUGAAGGAGUUCCUCCUCUCCCUUGGAUAUAAAUUGGUGUGUGAUGAGCACGGCGAGUUCGUCUUUGCGAAUAUGACAGCCUCGGUACUCAUGGCUAAUUUUCAGAAGUUUUCUACUCAUCUGUUGUCGUAUUAUUCGUGCGUGGUCGUUCUCGUGAUCGUCCUAUCCUUUCACCUCUUCACAUCGACAUCAAACACGCGCUGCGUCUACUAUCCAUCCAAGGACGCGCUGGGGAUGAUACCUCCUGCCCUCGAAGGGAACGCUAGCCUGCCAUCCAGCGACGGUGAGGACCCGAGCGAGGGGGGAAUCACGAAGAGGAUCAUCGCGCCGCUCUUCCCCGUUCAGAACCGAUACAGCAAAUUCUUCGUGGAGGCUGGUGCCCUGGACGGGAAAACAAUAUCGAAAACCUUGUACCUGGAGGAAGCCUACGGGUGGACGGGGCUCUUAUUGGAGCCGAAUCCUCAUCUGUUCCAGAAGAUGACGAUGCAGGGAAGAAACGCUUGGCUUGGUCCUUAUUGUCUCUCACCGGAUGUCACGAUCAUUCAUGAUGUGAUGGAGUAUCCCUACGACCCGAACGAUCCGAUUGCAUCAUGGGGAGGCGGAAUCAGCAAGAAAGGGAAAGUAAAGGGUCCGGUGAAGGACGGGACUACCAUCUACUCGGCACUUGUCAAGUGCUACCCUCUUCACAUGCUCCUGGAUGCUCUGGACAUCAAGACCGUCCACUUCUUCAGCCUGGAUGUGGAGGGCCUGGAACUGCAGAACCGAUACAGCAAAUUCUUCGUGGAGGCUGGUGCCCUGGACGGGAAAACAAUAUCGAAAACUUUGUACCUGGAGGAAGCCUACGGGUGGACGGGGCUCUUAUUGGAGCCGAAUCCUCAUCUGUUCCAGAAGAUGACGAUGCAGGGAAGAAACGCUUGGCUUGGUCCUUAUUGUCUCUCGCCGGAUGUCACGAUCAUUCAUGAUGUGAUGGAGUAUCCCUACGACCCGAACGAUCCGAUUGCAUCAUGGGGAGGCGGAAUCAGCAAGAAAGGGAAAGUAAAGGGUCCGGUGAAGGACGGGACUACCAUCUACUCGGCACUUGUCAAGUGCUACCCUCUUCACAUGCUCCUGGAUGCUCUGGACAUCAAGACC